AUGAAGAAGGGAGCAGCUCCGGUGUUCAAGAAGUUUAUUUGCCUCAUCCUGGCGGCGGUCGUCCUGGUUGCCAGCACCAAUGCGGCGGCCACAACGCUGCUCGAUGUGGAUGCAGGUGUCUCGGCGCCAAGCGAGACGCGUCAGGCCCGUCAAUAUGGCGGCUAUGGAGGCAGACCAGGAGGUGGUUAUGGCGGCGGUGGUUUCGGUGGACCUGGAGGCGGCUUUGGCGGACCCGGAGGCGGCUUCGGCGGUGGCUAUGGAAGACCCGGCGGCGGCUUUGGUGGACCAGGAGGCUUCGGCGGCGGUGGCUAUGGCGGCCAUCAUGGUGGCCAUCGCGGCGGCUUUGGCGGUGGCUAUGGACGCUAACCAUUCCCCACCCUGCCAUCCAUGACGUGACUGACUUGUGUUAAUGCCUAGAAAGUAGAUGAAAUAAAAUCGAUCUGCAAUCGAGCACGUUUUAA